AUGGCAGAUUCGACAGAGAAGAUCCAGAUUGAGAAGCUCAAGGGAGCGGAGAACUUCCAGACGUGGAAGGUCCUGAUGCAGCUUCUGCUAACGGAGAAAGGGCUGAGAAAGUGCAUUGACCCGGAGAGCAGGUCAAGUGAGGAGAUGGCUCAGAGAACUAACGCGGUAAAGGCCAAAGAAGAAGAAGAGCAAUCGAAGGCCUUGGCUGCCAUUGGUCUGAGAGUUUCUCCUGAGUACCUUGGCAUCAUCACAGACGCUAACGGUUCUGCUCGAACCGCUUGGAACGAAUUCCAGAGGAUGUUUCAGUCUGUGACAAAUGCAAGGAAGAUGAUGCUCAGGGAGAAGUUGGCAGGACUGAGAAUGGAGCCUGGAGAAAGUGCCGCGAAGUACGUUGCGAGAGCCAAAGACCUCAAGAGGGAUCUAAUCCAGGCAGGGCUGGAUGCAGGUGAUGUAGAUCUGGCAGCAGCUUGCGGAUUGUCCAGAUCAUUCAGGGAGAUAAGAAUGGCUCUGGAUUUGCAGGAUAAGCCAAUCUCCUUGGACGACAUGCUCCCUCUCUUUCUGCAACAUGAGGCUAGAUUGGAAAGAGACGAAGAAUCAGAGCAAGCUGAGACUUCGAAUUCAAUGGCCUUCGUGAGCAGAAACCCCAGGCAGCACUUCGGAAAAAGCAGGAAGGGAAGCUUCAAGUGCUGGACUUGUGGAGAAGAAGGACACAGGCAGUCAGAGUGCUCAAAGAAUCCAGACGCUCCGAGGAAUCCUCACGCAAACAAGGACUGUCACAGAUGUGGGGAGAAGGGCCACAUCGAAAGGAACUGUCCAAAGGUAGACAAAGGCAAGUCAUCUGACAGAGGCUCUUCAAAAGGAGGGAAGAGAGGGAUGAAGAAGUCGAUGGCGUUCGCCAGUCCUCCUGACAGAGAUCUGUCCGAAAUGUGGAUUCUGGACUCUGGAGCAAGCGCGCACCUCUGCUGUCAGAAAGAGUUCUUCUCAGACCUGAGACCAGUGAAGGAGGGAGAGGCAAGUGAGAUCCAGGGGGUUGGUGACACUGUCAAGGUCGAAGGGAUUGGGACAGUGGCCUUGAUCUGUGAGACUUCUGAGGGCGAGAAAACGGAAGUUUAUCUCGAAGAAGUCAGAUACACCCCAGAAGCUCAAGUGAACCUAGCCUCUCUCAGCAGAUUCCUGGCAAAGGGUGCGAAGCUCAGCAGCGAGGGAAGCGUGGUGAGUCUGAGCAUGGAGGGCGAAGAAUUUCUGGAGGCUGAGAACGAGAGAGGGGUGUCGGUGAUCCGAACGGUGAAACGGAAGCCGGUGGCGUUCGCAACCAGCCAAGUGGAGCAGGCCAGACUCUGGCACAGACGGUUGGGUCACGCGAGCUGUGAAGCCCUGGCGACCAUGUCCCGAGACUCUCUAGUCGAAGGACUUCCCCCCCCUCAAGCCUUUCGGAAAGCUGGCGAAACCCUGUGCGAAGACUGCGUCCUGGGGAAGCAAACGCGGAAACCCUUCCCCCCGAGCGACCGAGAGAGCAGCAGACCGCUGGAGCUCAUCCACACGGACCUGUGCGGGACCAUUCCGUGCAAGUCAGCAGGCGGAGCGAGGUAUGCCGUCACGUUCAUUGACGACUUCAUCCGGUGUGGGGUGGUUCAGCUGCUGCAGAACAAAGAGCAAGCGCGGAGAGCUCUGGAAGCCUACGUCAACUUGGUUGAGAACCAGUUGGGGCUGAAAGUCAAGCGGAUUCAAAGCGACCGAGGCGGAGAGUACUGGAACGGCGAGGUCAAAGAGUUCUGUGCGAAAACGGGAAUUUUCCACCAGAAGACCAACGCCUACUCGAGCCAAGAGAACGGAGUCGCUGAGAAGUUGAAUCGAACGCUGAUGGACAAGGUUCGUCCAAUGCUUUCAGAAAGCGGCUUGGAGCUGAAGUGGUGGGGCGAGGCAAUUCUGACGGCGAACUACGUCAGAAACCGGACUCUGACGAAGAAGACGGGAAAGACGCCGUACGAGAUGUUCUUCGGGAAGAAGCCUGACAUCAGCAAUCUGCGCGUCUUCGGAGCCCCUGCCUUCGUCCACACCCCCGCGCAGCGCCGGAAGAAGCUCGAUCCCGUCUCCAAGCCUAGCAUCUUUCUGGGGUACGAACCGGGGACAAAGGGGUACCGGAUCCUGCUGACGUCAGACAAGCGGACGAUCGUCGUCAGCAAGGACGUGACGUUCAACGAGCGGGAGCGGAACGAGGGGAGCGGAAUCUGGGAAACGGAAACCCCUCAGCCCCUGCAAACGGCGGUCCCUCCUGUUCCUGCGGAACCAGAAGUGCCCGAGGGAGAGAAGGAUGCAGAGCUGAGGACUCGAGGGAGAGCGGAACCGGAACAGCGGAACGGCCGGAACGGCCGGAACGACGCGACGGAACUCCCAGCGGAACGGUCGGCAGAACCGGAACAGACGACGGAAAAACGCGAGCGCAGACCCACCCUGGGAAGCCCGGAAGCGGAACUCUGGCGGAAAGCACUGGAAGAAGAGUUCGCGAGCCUGCAGGAAAACGGCACGUGGGAGCUGCGAGAGCCACCUCCCGGCGUGAAACCGAUUCCGUGCAAAUGGGCAUUCAAGCUGAAGAAGGACGAGAACGGGAACAUCGCCCGGUUCAAGGCCCGUCUGUUCAUCAAGGGGUUCAAACAGAAGAAGGGGGUGGACUACGAGGAGGUGUUUGCACCGGUUAGUCGCCACGUCACCCUUCGGAGUCUGCUGGCGGUCGCGGCGGCGCAAAACCUGGAAGUCGACCAGCUCGACAUCAAAACGGCGUUCCUCAACGGCGACCUGGAGGAGGAAAUCUGGAUGGAGCAGCCGGAGCUGUUCGAGACCGGGGGAGAGAAGCUGGCGUGUCGACUGAAGAAGUCGCUGUACGGGCUCAAGCAGGCACCACGGGCCUGGUACUUGAAGCUAGCGGCAGAGAUGCGAGAGCUAGGGUUCGAGCCGUCUGCAGCUGACCCUGCUCUGUUCAUCCGGAAAGAAGAGGACGGGAAGAAGGCGUUUACGGCGGUCUGGGUCGACGACUGUCUGGUGGUCGGGGAAAAGGACGUCGUGGCGCACGUGAAGGCAGCGCUCGGGCGAAUCUUCACGGUGCGAGACCUGGGACCGGUGCGGUACUUCCUGGGGAUGGAAGUGACGCGCGAUCGAGAGGCGAGGACGAUCAAGCUGACGCAGAAGCGGGCGGCGUUGGACCUGCUGAACCAGUUCGGGAUGGAGGCAACGCGCGCGCGGCGUGUACCGCUCAACCCCGGCGAGAAGGUGCAGAAGCAGGGAGAGCCGCUGGACGCGGAGCGCUACCCGUACGCGAGCCUGGUGGGGAGCCUGCUGUACCUGGCCAACUGCACGCGGCCGGACCUGGCGCAGGCGACGGCUUCGCUCGCGCGCUUCAUGAGCAGCCCAACGGAGGACCACUGGCGGCUGGCAAAGUCGGUUCUGAGUUACCUAGCGGGAACGGUGGAGUCGGGGCUGACGUACGGAGCGGAGAAGCUGGAGUUCGAGGGGUUUUGUGAUGCGAAUCACGGCGGGGAUCCUGACACGAGACGGAGCACAACCGGGUACGUGUUUCUGCUGGGCGGAGCAGCGGUGAGUUGGGCGAGCAAACUGCAGCAGACGGUCGCGUACAGCACGGUGGAGGCGGAAUACAUGGCGGCGGCGCACGCGGCCAAGGAGGCUCUGUGGAUCCGGAAGCUUGCAGCGGACCUAGGACUGGAGAGCGGACGACUGACGGUGUGGAGCGACAACCAGGGGGCGCUUCAGUUGAUCAAGCACCCGAUCACGUCGCAACGGAGCAAGCACAUUGACAUCAGUCAUCAUUUUGUCAGAGAACGAGUGAUCCGGGGCGAGCUCAAGUUUGAGUACUGUCCGACGACCAAGAUGCCUGCAGAUUUCUUGACCAAGGCUUUGGCAGUUGCAAAGUUUGAAGAGUGCAAGAAGUUGAUAGGGUUGGAGUAG